CGACGCUCCAAAUUUCUGAGAAGCGCUUUCGCGAUUGAUUAACGGAGCUCGGGACAACGACAAGCGUUCCGACCUUAGCAGUGUAUUGAUCGCCCUGCUGUUGCUGUACCGAUCUAAACAGCCAAAAUGGGUCGACAAAUUAGGCCCGCCCGGAUCUACCAGACGAUGAGCCAGGAGCUCAGCACAAAGAUCCUGCCUGGCUUUACCGUCCAGGAGCCGCCAUGGUUCCAGGUUAUGAGAGACAUCCCGCCCUCUGAGAUCCUCACGAGGCCAGUCAUGACUCAGAAGAAGCCCGCAAACCUGAAGCUCCGCAAGCCAAGCAACAUCUACAAGCCCCCGAGAAUACAUCACGAGGAGGACCGUCUGCGAGUGACUUUCUACAAAGAUCACCCGUGGGAGCUGGCACGUCCGAGAAUAAUCCUCGAGUCCGACGGAAAGGACGCGCAGAAAUGCGAUUGGUCCAAGGGACUGCGCCAGCCCGGCUUGCCCUUGACCGGUGAAUGUGUCGUCCAGCGCCAGCUCUGGCUGAUGCAUAACCAGAAGCUUAAACGAAACCAAGCUUACGAUGUCGCGAGAAAGGAAUUCUAUGCGCUGCGUCAAGAGGAAGAGAUCGAGAAGCGCGUUGCCCGGGAGGAGGCCAGGCACGUCGGUGCGUACUUUGGCAAGAACAGGUUGGCGAUCAGCCAGGAACUCGAGAACAAGGAGUUCGAGCGCUGGAAGGGCUGGGCGAGCAAGCAGUCGCUUGCGAUGGAGGAGACCAAGAGCAAUAGCUACGGCAAUUUUGGUGACGCAGCAGAGAAGCCCGAGGCGAGCCCGGAACCGACGUUGCUUUGAACUAGAGGCAUUACAGUUUCUGUAAGCAUAAAUGUACUACAAAACCCUGUAUAAUAUCAUCAAACCAGAGGAGAAUGAUAGAAAAGCUGGGUGUUUCUCUUCGCGCUGUAAAGUCGUCCAUCCAUCGAGCCGCGUCAGAAUGCCCGGCACCUAACCAUCAACAAUCAAUCAGCCUUUACUGUAGAGAUCUCAGUGGACCCUUCACAGCCAGGGCCUUUCUUGGCUGGUCGGGUGACUGCAGUCGCCGUUUAAAUCCUCCCGGUGAACCGAACCCCUCGACCGCCUCCCAUUUGCAGCUCCUCCACCCCAUCCCAGGCCCGUUGGCCAUUUCGGGUUGGACGCCAAUGUCUCUAGCCACGUGCCAUUGAGAGCAAGUUGAUCUUUUCCGAACUUCCAUUAUCUGCUUCUCAUCAGUUAUUCCGGCCUUCGUCAUGAUCAGGAAUGAUAAUCCUU